GUCGAUCUGCCAGGAACUCCUGUUUGCUCCCCUUUACUUCUUCCCCCACCUCGUGCCUUGUUCCAUCCCCAGUUCUCCCUCUCCCUCCGCUCUCCUUCUUGCACGCCUGGACGGUCCUUACGGAAUACACUAUUGCUCUGUUGAGCUAGAAUAUGCACCAUGAGUGGACAGGCAGCGAGUUAUUACAAUCCCGGCCAGAACUUCGGCGACGGUCAACCUCAGUAUCCGCAACAGCAACCUAUGUACAAUAAUAAUUUCCAGGGGCAGCCUCAAAAUUAUCAAUAUGAUAAUGGCUACCAAAGGGCCCCGGAGCCCAAGCCAUCCCAGGGACCACCACCUCCCCAGGGAGCGCCGCCAACCUACAACCAAGCGGUCUAUGGGUUUGACGAGGCCUUCAAGGUCGAGAAACCGAAGUUCAACGACAUCUGGGCAGGACUUUUGCUCAUCGCCGUCUUUCUAGGCUAUGUCGCAGUCUCGGGAAUCGCGAUCCAUCGGUAUGCCAAAUACAAAGGGUUCAACGGCGGGGGCAUCUACGACUCGGUCAACACCUUUUCCCUCGAUACGAACACCUUGGUUUUGUUUAUAUUCGUGCUUUGUGUGGCGCUGGCUUUCUCUUGGGCUUACUUCCUCGGAGCUCGCUAUUUCCCCAAGUUCUUUAUCUGGGCGACCGGGAUUCUGAAUAUCGUAUUUGCGCUGGCAACCGGCAUCUACUACAUCGUGCGCAAGCAGUACGGAGGAGGCAUCGUGUUCCUGCUGUUCGGCGUAUUCGCCAUCAUCUGCUUCAUCAGCUGGAUCCCGCGCAUCCCGUUCACUGCAUUCAUGAUGGAGACCUCGAUCGACGUGUCGCGGCGCUACGGACAUAUGUUUUUGGUGAGCGCGAUCGGCGGCAUCGUGACGGUGGCAUUCGCCGCGUGGUUCUCCGUGACGCUGGUGUCGAUCUAUGUCGCCUACGAGCCGAACAGCAGCGGCAGUAACCCGUCCUGUGCCAACGGGGGGUGCUCCACCGGCAGGGUGAUCGGCUUGGUGGUCUACGUGACGUUCGCCAUGUACUGGUUCAGCGAGUGGUGGAAGAACACCAUCCACACCACCAUCGCCGGGGUAUACGGUUCGUGGUACUUUUUCGGUGGUUCGCCCAACGGCAUGCCCAAAGGCGCGACUCGAGGUGCUUUUAGACGCGCCACGACCUAUUCUUUUGGUAGCAUCAGUUUUGGCAGCCUGAUCCUCGCCAUCAUCAACAUGCUGCGGCAAGCUUGCUCCGUUGCGCAGCGCCAUGAAGCUGCUGAGGGCAGCCUGGUCGGCAGCAUUGCAUUCUGGAUCCUCGGAUGCUUGAUCUCGCUGCUGGACUGGCUGGUGACCUUCUUCAACCGGUACGCAUUCUGCCACAUUGCGCUGUAUGGCAAGGCGUAUAUCCCCUCGGCCAAGGAUACGUGGAAGAUGAUGAAAGACCGCGGAAUCGACGCCCUGGUCGCAGACUGCCUGAUCGGGCCGGUUCUGACGAUGGGCUCGGUGUUCGUGUCAUACGUCUGCGCUUUGCUGGCGUAUCUGUACCUGCAAUUCACGCACCCCAGCUAUAACCAGGACGGCGAAUUCACGGCAGUGAUCAUGGCCUUUGCUUUUGUGAUCGGUCUGCAGGUGUGUCAGGUGUUUAUGACGCCGAUGAGCAGUGGCAUCGAGACCAUCUUUGCCGCGAUGGCAUGGGAUCCUCAGGUGCUCAUGCAAGACCACCCGGAUCUGUACCAGCGCCUGGUGCAUCUGUACCCCAAGGUGCAGCAGGCCAUUCAUGCAUAGAUUGGAAGGGUUUGGCUUGGAGCAUUAAACAUUCAUUCUUCUGGCAUUGUAUUUGAACUUGCGAAGCUCUCAUUAAUCAACACUAAUAC